CCAGAAUGCUGCGCGCUGGCGGGAGUUUUGGAGCUGCUGGAUGCUUCCUCUGCGCUGGGCUUCAGCAGUGUGGUGGUUUUCCGAGGAUUAAAAGCAUCAGCUGGAAUGAAUUUGCAUUUGAACAUUACAUGAACACAAAGACUUGAUAUUGUGGAUGGCUAGCAAACAAGCAAUGUCAUCUAAUGAUCAAGAAAGGCUCUUGUGUUAUAAUGGGGAAGUCCUUGUUUUUCAUUUGUCUGAAGGAAAUUUUGCAGAUAAAUGGCCUGCGAAGACAUCUGUAUUACAUGUCAGAAGGAUGGUAUUUGACAGAGGAACAAAAACAUUUGUUUUGAAGUCCACUGGAUGCUUCAACAUAAAGGAAAAAAACUCAAAUUUAAAAAUUGUGUCUUGCAACUGUGUUUCAGAUUUCAGAACUAGAAUUAACAUCCCUUACAUUUUGAUACAGAGCAAUGAAAGUAAUAAGGUUUUCAAAUAUUUUGUACUAUUUCUUCACAGUACCAAUAAAUUUGAGAUGCGUUUGAGUUUCAAACUAGACUAUGAGUUGAGGGACAAUAUAAGGGUCCUUAAUGGCCCGUUAGUUUUAUGGCAACACGUUAAAACAUUCUUUUGUAUCUCUUCCCAAAUUAACAAAGUUGUUAGUGUGUCAGUUAACUUUUCCUCUAUUGAAUGGGCAGGUGAGAUUGAAAAUUUAGGUACAGUUUUAUUGGGACUAACGGAAUGUUUAUCUGAAGAAGAAAGUACCCAGAAACCUUCUGAAUCAUAUGCAAUUUGGAAUACCAAAUAUUGUGUAUACUCUCUGGAAAAUCAAGAAGUAUUAAGUAAUACAUACAUUAUACCUCCAGUUUAUAGCAGUGUGGUAACUUGUGUGCACGUCUGUUCCGCUGAGGUCAUCACCAACCAGUUAAGAAUGUCUCUGAUUGCCCUUACUCAAAAUAAUCAGCUGAUUUCAUUCCGAAAUGGGACUCCUAAAAGUGUAUGCCAGCUUCCAUUUGAAGAUCCUUGUUCAGUUCAACUUUUAGAUUCAAGUGAAGGAAACCUCUUUUUCAUUGUAUUAUUUAGGUCCAGUGAUGCUUGUGCUAUUUGGAAAAAGAACUUUCAGGUUGUUGCUAAGUGGGAAAAACUGAGCUCAGUACUGAUAGAUGACUUUAUUGGAACUGGAACUGAACAAAUACUGCUCCUUUCUAAAGACUCCUUGAACUCAGACUGCCUGGCUUCAUUUAAAAUAACAGAUCUUGGCAAAAUAAACUAUUCAAGUGAACCUUUGGAUUGUAAUAAAGAUGAUUUAUUUGUAGACCAACAAAAAAAUUACCACUUGCUGGUUCCACCUCUGGAAAGAAGAAUGAAAAUUGGUUUGGUUUCUAUUCAAGAAUUGCAGAAGGAUCUCUUGCUUAAGGAAAAAAUUCUUUUAAAAUCUUGGAAAGCUUUGAUAAAUUCAAUUCAAGGAAAAGAUGAUAGUACAUCAAGUGCACAGGAGGAUUUUCUUGUUCCUUUUUGUGGUGAAGAAGAAAAUAGUGUCCAUCCCUUUGAUGAAAAGUUACCAGAACAAGUUCAGAAUUCAGAACAGCUAAUAGAGAAGAUCUGGUAUCGUGUAAUGGAUGAUACCUUAGUUGUUGGCGUGAAAACCACAUCUUCUUUGAAGCUGUCCCCGAAUACUGUGACUUUAUCACUGUUAAUGGAUCAAGGCUUUAGUUCCAGUUUUCAGCUUAUUAAGUGUCAAAAUAAGGUGAUUAGCUUGAGUACAGGUUCUUUCCCAGCACCAUAUUUGAUACGACAUGAAAUAAGAUCAAAGGCAAAAAAGAUCAAGCUGAACUCUGAUAGAAAGAAACAAGAAAGCUUUGCUUAUGAUCAGCCAUGUAAGAAAGAGUGUGUUCAGAUAAUUACUGGUAUAACAUCUCUGUCACCACUUUUAGCAUCCAGUAAGUUUUGUUGCAUUGUACUGCUACAAAUUAGGGAUAGAGAAGGUGGUAACUAUCCUGAAGAUCGUUGUAUUCCCUGUGGCAGACUUUUUGUAAGUUUAGAAGAUCUUUCAAGUGGGAAAUAUCUACUGACAUUUCCAAAGAACAAACCAAUAGAACACAUGGAAGAUCUAUUUGCAUGUCUCGCAGCAUUGCAGAAAUCUUGUUUUCAAAUCAUAUCACCUGGCUAUUCUCUCAACGCAAUGAUGGUGUGGCUCAUAGAACACAUGAAAGGUGAAAUAAUUGAAGAAUUUCCAGAAAUGUGCUUUUGUAAAAGGCCAGGUAGUUUCUAUGGGACACUCUUCAGCUGGAGACAAAGAACACCAUUUGAAGGGAUUUUAACAAUCUAUUCCAGGAGUCAAACAGUUUUGUUCCAGUGCCUUCAUAAUCUCAUCAAAGUUCUUCCUCUAAACUGUUUCUUCAAAAAUCUAAAAUUAGGAAGUGAGGAUCUCCCAGCUGAUCAUUUGGCAUUGGCUUUGGAGAAGGAACUGGCUACCCUUAGUUCUCUUUCUUCUUCGGCCUUAGCUAAGGUUGAAAGCAACUUUGUGGAGAGCUCUCAAGUAAGUAAAGGAAACAGUAGUGCCAUGACUGCUUCAUCAGAUGAAACAGAGAAAAUCCAUCUAUACAGAAGAGAAGUUCAAACAGAAAAGGAAAAACUGUUAGGAAUGAACGUGAAAGUAAGUGGUGCCCUUUAUAGAGAGAUAACUUUGAAAUUGGCUGAGAUUCAGUUGAAAUCGGACCUUAUUGCACAAAAACUGACCAGUUUAUAAUUACAGUUUAUGUGUGAUUGUAUUUUAAAAUACGUUUUCACUACCACAAAGUUUUGGUUUCACUUUGUAUGCUGCCUUUAUAAAAAUAAAGGUUCAGGCUUAUUAUAGAAUCUUUAGUUUUAAAGAUGUAGAAAAUAAUGUUCCCUCUAGGGCAGAGGUUCUCAGGUAGGGACAUUUUGCCUCACUCUGCUCCCAUUCUCUGCUCCAAGAUAAGAAAAGAAUAACCUAUGUUAGUGGCAUUUUGGGCUGGCUAAUGUGUUGCUGUGGAGGGUUGUCCUGCGCAUAGUAGGAAACUGACCAGCAUCCCCAGCUUCCUCUCCCCUCUAGGGGCAGAAAAGGCUUGUAUAGGCAUCUAGUGGGUAGAGGAGGCCAGGGCUAUUGUUAAAACUCCUAUGAUACACAGACCAGCCCCCUCCCCCCACUGCAAAAAAGCAUUAUCCAGCCCAAAUGCCAGUAAUGCAGGGGCUGAGAAAGCCUGUCUUAGAUUUACCACUUAAGUGAAAACAGAAAUUUCGAUCCUUUUCUUGUGUUCUCCUCACUAAAACCUAGUAUAUGAGAAACAACUUCAACUGGAAAAACUAAUCAAGAUUGAUCUCAAGUUUCUGUUCAUGUUAAACUCCCUUGGAAAGUUAAAUGGUAGAGUGAGACCAGUUUUUGAAACCCUGGUUAAUUUAAAUUCCACUGGAGACCUGCUCUGGAGUUGCAGGUCUAUAGGAAUAUAAAAAUUCGAGGGUAUUGUUCUGAAAAGCACAGCUCUUCCAAAAGGCUAAGUAUACCUUACAGGCAACUAUUAAAAAUAAAACUGAAAAUGCUUUUAAGCUAUCUGAAAUUCUAACUCUAGGCAAAGCUAAAAUAUAAAAUCCCAUAGAAAUAACUUAGAGAAUAUUGUGCUCCUUAGGGACUGAGAAAUUUAAAAAUAAGUAAAAAUUCACUUCUGAAAAGUGAUUUAAAAGUGAUCAAAUAAGACUUUUCAGAGGGAUAAAAAUUCAACUUAGUCUUUUUUUUGCAAAAUAAGAAUUGUGGACUAGUGAAAGAAUGUUAGGAGAAGGGAAAAAGACACAAAAAGAUGUGGACAAAAAGGAAUUUUCCUAGCUGAAAGUAGUAAAACAUGACUGUAAUUCCAGCACUCGAGAAGCUGAGGCAGAAGGAGCACCAAAGUUUGAGGUCAGCCUAGAAU